CAAGUUGCAGCUGCAUCACUAAUUUUAAUGGGUAGUAUAAUGAAAUCAAAAAUAAAACGCAACAAACGACGUUGGUGGGUAAAAAGAUUAUAUGAGAAUAGAUUUCAGUACGGAAAUAAAUUGCUACGUGACAUCAGAUAUGAAAUCGACGAUCCAAACUUUAUUAGGAUGUCAAAAAAAGAUUUUGAUAAUCUACUGAAUUUAAUUCAACCAGUUAUAGAUAAAAGUGAUACUGUAAUGAGGGAAGCAAUUACUUCACAAGAGCGAUUGGCCCUAACUUUGAGGUUCUUAGCAUCAGGCGAUUCAUUUGUCAGCUUGCAAUAUCUAUUCCGAAUCUCAAAACAGAUUAUUUCUUAUAUAAUACCAGAAGUUUGUGAUGCUCUUAUCAAAGCAUUAAAGGACUUUAUAAAGUUACCAUCUUCAAGUGGAGAAUGGGAAUCGAUAUCAAAGGAGUUUGAAGAAAAAUGGAAUUUCCCCCAUGUACUGGGGGCAAUGGACGGGAAACAUGUCCAGCUACGAGCACCAUGGAACAGUGGCACUGAAUACUACAAUUACAAACAUUUUUUUAGUAUUGUGCUAUUUGCCUUGGUUGAUGCCAAUUACAAUUUUCUGUAUGUAAAUGUUGGCAGUCCUGGAAGAUUCUCAGAUGGGGGUGUUUUUAAAAAUACUGAGCUGUAUAGAAAACUAGAAAAUAGGACACUUAAUAUCCCCAGUCCAAAACCAUUACAGAUUCCCUACAGAAUAGAAGUUCCUUACUUCAUCUUGGGUGAUCAAGCUUUUGAACUUAAUGACUACACUAUGACACCAUUUAGAGGAACUCCACAUGCAGGUUCAAUUGAACGAAUAUUCAAUUAUAGAUUGUCCAGGGCACGCAGGGUAGUCGAAAAUACCUUUGGAGUGGUCAGUUCAAAGUUUGAGGUUUUGUUGAAGCCCAUACGACUUCAACCAGAAAAGGCCAAGAUUGUAGUUUUAUCUGUUGCAUAUUUACACAACUACCUACGAAAACAAACAUCUUCAAAUCAAUUGUACAUGCCCAGUGGAAUGGUGGAUAGAGAGGAAAGUGGAGAGUUAAUCCCAGGAACAUGGAGACAAGGACAAAUAUCUGGUAGCUUGAUACCACUUGGACAUACACCAAGAAGAUCUGGCAUUGCAUCUAAAAACAUUCAAUUACAUUUAGCUCGACACUUUUCUACAAAUGGCUCAAUCCCAUGGCAAAACAACUAUUCGUAAUAAAUAUUGAUUAUAGCACAAUAGCACUAAUACUUAAGUAGUAUGAGUACAUAUACUUGUUAAAUAUAUUUAGAUUUUUGUUAGAUUUUGGAUUUUACUAAUAAGUUGAAUUAUUUUAUAAAUGAUGGAUUAUUACAAUACUAUAGAUACCAUUCUUUAUUCUUAUGAAUUAGGUACUGACAACCAACAUUUGGACUCACUUUCCUCUAUAGGACUAGGCUAUAUACCUACUAAAAUUCUUAUUGAACAACAAUAAAAUUUAUCAAGUAGCUUACCCAUUUUUGAUUUCAUCAAAACACAACUAGUUUUAUUAGAGCCAUUUUUAAGUGGCACUAGUUGUAUUUCGAUAAAUAAUAAAAAUGGUUGAAUUUAUUAACAAGUUAUUUACUUGUUGAAUUUUACUGUGUUCCAACAUAUCGACUAAUUUAAUGAAAAUUAGUCCAUGAUUUAUUACUGCAUCCGAACCACAAAUGAAAUAAGCAAAUCUUACUUUACUUUCCAACGUGUCCAUUGUAUCUUUUGGAAUGCUCUUGUCACCAAGAAACUGCUUGAAAAGAUCGUAUGCAAACCACUUGCUUUUGUAAACGUCAUCUCCACCUGUAAAUUUGAAAGAUUAAUGAAAAUUAUGUUUUAUAUGAGCUUUAUAGUUUUUAAUAAUUUAAUCAAAUGUUAUUGUAGUGCUGUGAUUUUGUUGAUAUAAAUGGAAAAAAAUUAAGUGAAAAGACAAAUAAAGAUGAAUUAUUGUCCAGUUGCUGAGUAUUUGGCUCAAUCUUUUUUAGAAAAUAUAAUAAUAAAAUGUAUCAUUAUGAAAAAAUGUGAUGUCAGAUUUUUAACACAAUUAACUGUAAAAUAAGUUUAUAUGAAUUACAUUUUAAUGUUGUUUUGGACAAACAUUCUACAUUUAUAUUAUUUCCCUUAAUUAUACUUUGGAUAAGAAAUGUGAAUUAAAGUUGUGAGUCUUUAUAUUCAUGCAUAUUCAUUAAAUAUUUCCUUGCAUAAGGACAAAAGUUCAUGUUGUAUCACAUUUUUAUCAGUUUCAGAAUUAUAGUACUUGAAAAAGUGA